AUGAUUCUUUUUUCAACUUCAAGAGAAAGCCUUCUGCGCCCUCAGUGGAAUCCUCUGCGGCUUCAAAACAAUCUGCCGAAUGGCAGUACCAUAGCUACUACAAAGCUCCAAUCUAGCACCCCUAGCCCGAGUCCGGUCAUUAAGGAGCAGAGUCUGCCGGCACGGGCCAUCAGUGUUGUAGUCCCUUCUCCAUCGUCACAGCUGAAGAAGGAAAUUGAGUCUGCCAAGUGGGCAUCAAGCUCUCAAAGUUGUACCCCUGAGCUGAAGGGAGUCCUGGAGAAAUUCUAUCCAACUAACGCACAUGUAGAGCGCGGUCGCAAGGGUGCUUAUCCAGCAGCGAGGAAAGUCAACCGUGCUGCAAUCCCUCUGCCUACUGGCACACCCGGGCCCAUCUUACAGAAGAGACCAGAGGCCCUUGACCAGCAAUACCGUACUCUGGAACGCAAGCUUUCUACGAUCAAGGGACCUAAGAUCACGUUUGCGCCAGCUGAUGGACCAAAGCUCGCAAAGGUGACCGCUAAUUUUCAGUUCAUUAAUAGCUAUAAACUUCACAAAGGGGUUUCCCCUGCUCCAGCUGAAUUCAUUGGAGGCUGCAGCUGUGGUAAACACUGUGAUCCUGAGAGGUGCCCCUGCUCUGAAAAGGAGGAUGAUUCAACUGAGAACAUCAUUCCGUACCAAAGAGCUAAGGACCGCCCAGACCUGCUAGUCCUGACUCCAGAAUUCCUGAGGCGCACCGCAAUGAUUUUCGAAUGUGGUGCGCAGUGUGCCUGCGAUAAGAGCUGUUGGAAUCGGGUUGUUCAGCGUGGCAGGACUGUGGAAUUGGAAAUUUUCUAUACUGGCAAUCGUGGCUUUGGCCUCCGGUCUCCUAGAUACAUCAGAGAGGGCCAAUUUAUCGACUGCUACCUAGGAGAAGUUAUUACCAAACAACACGCAGAUAUUCGCGAAGAGACUGCCGUGAAAAAUGGCCAUUCCUAUCUCUUUGGACUCGACUUCUCUCCCGAAGUUGAUGAAGAAGACAUCUACGUCGUCGAUGGACAGAGGUUCGGCUGUGCAACUCGUUUCAUGAACCACUCCUGCAAACCAAACUGCCGGAUGUUCACCGUCACAAACACCAUCGGAGACGAGCGUCUCUAUAACCUGGCUUUCUUCGCCUUGAAAGAUAUCCCACCGAUGACCGAAUUGACGUUUGAUUACAACCCUGGCACAGAGAGAAGCGAAAAAGUCGACUCUAGUGUCGUCGCUUGCCUGUGUGGAGAGGAUAACUGUCGAGGUCAACUCUGGCCGAGCAAACGCAAGGGCACCAAAUAA